ACUUAUUGUUCAGGAACGACGUUUGUUUUUCUUCAAACACAGACAGUAUAUACUCGGCCUUUAUGUCUUGAUACCAAUGAUAUAAUGCUUGCAGCUCGGGGACCUUUCCUCAAAGAAGUCUUGAAUGGUGCAACGCUUGGAAACGCCCGCUGGCGACUUUCACCUAUGCUGCAGACUACGGUUACAGCGUGUCGUCUACCACGCAGCUUCUACUACUGUACUAGUACAGAAAACUCUCGGCGAGGUAAAGUAGCGGACGGUAUCACAUCUAUUCUGGCUAUAUCACACAAAGUCCCGAAGUCUAGAGCUCUCGCUCCUUUCAAGUUUUUCAACACUAACAACUAUUGGCGUGCCAGCAGAAGGCACGAUCACGAUGACGGACAGAAAAAAAGAACGAAGACCCGAGAUGCCCGGAGCCAGGCUAUGGCAAAAGCCCAGCUGAAGGUCAUUGGAAGAAACACCAAGGCCAAAGUGAGAGCUCUCCUCCUCAUGAGCAUAGCCUGCACCAUGGACCGCCAGAGAGACGCCUGGAGCCGCGAGGAGGAGCGCAUGCUGGGCGCUCUGUACGUCCUUCUCAUGGCCACAGAGGCACUGCUGCAACACCACCUCAACAUCAUCUACAGCAAAACAACACCUCCAACUUCGCGUCAACAGCAGACACUUAAAGAUCUGGAUAAGGAACUCAACCAAGUCAAGAAACUCAGGUACAUCUUAAAGUCUUACAUGCGCACGAUGAUAAGAUGGGAGAGAAGAGGAAAAUGUGAGAGAGAAAGAGAGAAGAUAUUACAGGAACUCACGCUAAGGUUGGAGGAGGAGGCGGACAACAUGGAGGGAGGAAAGAUCAACAGGUGGAAGAAUUUUCUCGCCUUCAUUAAAAGUUUUCGAGAGAUGUUUUCCAUUUGGUACUCGGGAAGAUCGUAGGGCUCGACGGAAAUUUGGAACAAAAAUAAACACCUCCAUAUUACGAGCACAAUGUAUACGUAGUAGCUAUGUGAUGCACAGAAGUGGUUCAUACUAGUAAAGUAUUCACGUAUGGGAAGGGAUGUUAAAACAUCUGCUGGUUAGUAAUUAUUUCUUCAUCGCAUCUAAGAUUCUUUUUUUUUCAUCUCUGUUCUUUAUUGACUUGAGUAUAGAAUACAUGUGUACGUAGAUGAUAAAGAUUCUUACACCGAUCGAGAAUGGCAUGCUGCAGUGCAUGUGCGUGAACUUGAAAACGUGGCAGGAUUGUAAUAGUAUUGCCACCGAUGCAUUGGACGUUAGGUGUUCGUAGUAUUUGUCCGUUGGUAAACGUCAUGAAAUAUUAGGAGUGGUACUCCUGCUACUACUACUCGUCAAGGCGAGUGUAUGUCACAGGUAGCUUAGGAAACGUGAAUCUAUCCAAGUGCAAUUCAUGCAAGAGAACUCAGGUAGUGAAAGCAGCUACUGGUAGUUUAAGAACGUACUGUCGACUGAAUCAGAUAUUGGCAUGGCUGUUGAUAAGGCCUCUCAUGUAUCUAGAAUAUAUCAGUAAGGGAGAUUGGACGACCUAAAACGUUACAAGAAAUUUGGCGGCAAACAAGUGUAACUACAUCUUAUAAAAACAGCAACAAGCACAUACACAAAAUCUGUAAGUCAAAACAUUUAAUGCCUCUACCCAUAUAUUCCAUAACAUUAUGCAUGUAUCUUGAAUUGCGAAAUAUAGAUCAUAUUCCAGAAUAAUCCUUGACUUUGACCAGUGGGUGUGUGAUGCUUUACAGACGCCACACAAAGGUGACAUUUGCUUGUUUCAUAGAAGAUCUACACCUAUCUCUGUAGUCUGUUUUACCCUAAAAGAGCACCAUUGACCAUCCAUUUUUCCUCAGGGAAUAUCGACACCGUUGUUGCCAGCUUUGGAAUUAUUGUCAAAAAUACAUACACAGCAUCAACCUACUACUUUACAGUUCGGUAAUGUCACUUACUGGAAAAA